CCGGCACUGCACAGUUGUGGAAGGCGCGUCACUUUGCAGGAGAGAGAGAGAAAGAGAGAGAGAGGGAGAGAGAAAGAAAUCUCGUCCAGCGGCCAACACAACACAACAAGACAGACGGAACUUUUCGCGAUGGUUUUAUUAGAUCAGGACGGUUUCCUCAAUGCGUUAACAAAGAUGUUCCAGAAAUCACGGUAUUCAGGAACAGUCACACUCUGCUUUAAAAGAUUUGAUGGCCAUGAACGCCCAAAGCCCAGGGAGGGAAAGAAGCCACUUCCAGAACCAGAAGAGUAUUUAUGUUUAAUCCGAGCCAAGUGUGGCAGCAAAACAAUUAGUACAGUGGUGCCUUCUAAAGAUGUUAGUAAAUUUCAAAUGGCAUAUAGUACUUUGUUAAAAGGUAAUCUGGAUGGUCUCAAGAAAACAAAGAAAGUGAAGACAAAGUCCAAGGCAACCCAGUGACAAAAGUUUUCAGACAUGAAAAAUGUGGUACUGAAAAUACAUCUGAUCUGUUAUUUUCUACCAUAACAGAGAUUGUGCAGUGUGUCAAUAUUGUAACCAUGAUUGUAACUCAUGUUUGUGAGAUUGAUUCACUGAAGACUUUUGGACAAAUGUUGCUGCAUAUUUAUCUUUCAUCCAAUUUGAACGCAUCAGCUAUGGAUGACGGGCUGUGUUACUUGUUACUGUGAGCACUGUGAUGAGUGUAAAGAGAGAGUGAUUUUUUUGCACCCUACCCUAGGUGCACCUUUUGUCACCAAUAUUCUGUGACAUUAUAUUCAUGUUUGAAAGUGUGUGAGCAUCAGUGUAUGUUUUUAAUUGUAUCGCAGUGAUGAACUGAUUUCAAUAAGGUAUUGAUAGGUGUAAUGGAUAAAGUUCAAGUUAUCUUCUGAUUCAUGUUCUGAUUUCACUGGAAAAUGGAAAUAAGUUUUGAUGUUAAUUGCAUUGGUCUCCAUAUCUGGAACUGAAGAUUGUUGGUCUCAUUUUGAGUCUUGAAUCACUUUAAGACAUAAAAAUUGUUUGAGAUGUGCAUUUUUCUAUGGUUGAUGGUUUGUAUUUUUUUUUUUUCUUUUGUAAGGGGAUUAAGGUGUCAAGCAGUCCAAAAUAAGAGCAUACUUUGUAGCACUGCAAGUAUCAAGAAUGCUGUUUCAGCAUUGUGCGAAAAUAUCAUGUUUUCUUUUGGGUUCUUGGUAAUUAACUGUGGGCCGGGUAUAUGAGUACCUUUGGCCUCAUACAAAUGUUCAAUGGAACAUUCAUUUUCUUCAGUAAAAGCACCACAGUUUUGGAUUAAUUUUUAUUUCGAGUGAAAAUCAAAAAUAAAUGUUAACAUUGAUUACUACCGAACAAAAGCUUCAUUACUUUUAGUAUGCCACCAAUUACCAAUAGUCUCGUUCAUUCAACUCAGGUUAUAAGUCACAAAAUGGCAGGUGAAAUUACAACAAUGAAUGGGGUUACAGGAAACAGGCUUAGUCAAUAAAUCACUAGACUGAACAUCUACCUAAACUAGUUAGUCUCAAAAAUGUUCUCCAAAAAUAUGUCUAACAAGCGUGGAAAGAUGUGUCUACAUACAGUAUGUAACAUUAAAUUUAGUCAAUAAAUAUAUGCUCUACAAAAA